GACCGCCGGGGCUGCGGGGCUCCUGCGCGCUCGCACUACCCGCCGCCCGCCGAGGUGCAGGCAGGGCGCUGGAGGCUGCGGGCGGCAUGGAGAGCCUGCUGGAGAACCCGGUGCGCGCCGUGCUGUACCUCAAGGAGCUUACGGCCAUCGUUCAGAACCAGCAGAGCCUCAUCCACACCCAGCGCCAGCGCAUCGACGAGCUGGAGCGGCGUCUGGACGAGCUGAGCGCCGAGAACCGCAGCCUGUGGGAGCACCAGCAGCUGCUGCAAGCGCAGCCUCCGCCCGGGCUCGUGCCCCCGCCGUCAGCCCCACUGCCGGCUCCUGCGGCCACCUCUCCCGCCGCCCCCGGGGCCCAGGAGCCGCUCCAAGACCACGGACAGCUCGCGCCAGCCGCGCAGGAGCAGCCGCCGCUCCAGCACCACGGACAGCUCCUCGCGCAGCCCCAGCCGGGCCCCAGCAGCCGGGCUCACACGCCCCAGUCCCCCCACCAGCACCCGGCGGCACCUGGCGCCGUCGCUGACCAGGAGAAGGAGCGUCCGCCGAGUUGUUGCCCUGCCGCCGGAGCCCUCCUUCAGCACACAUCCCCUGCCGCCCUGGGCAAGGGCGUCCUGAGCAGGAGACCCGAGAAUGAGACUGUGCUGCACCAAUUCUGCUGCCCUGCUGCCGACGCUGAGCAGAAGCCUGCUUGCUCCGACCUGGCCUCCCAAAGCGAUGGCUCCUGUGCCCAGGCCGGUGGGGGCAUGGAGGACUCCGUGGUGGCAGCGGUGGCGGCCGGCAGACCCAGUGCCCACGCCCGGAAGGCUGAAGCCCAGGAGCUGCAGCAGGAGGAGGAGCGGCUGGGGGCGGGGGGCUCCCCGCGGGCUGGCCCCCUCCGCGCGACCUCCCCUGGCCAGCAGCAGCCUGCCCUGGCGACGGCGCUCUGCUCCCACACCCCUGCUGCCUCCGAGUACGAACUCUCCCUUGACCUAAAGAAUAAACAGAUUGAAAUGCUAGAACACAAAUACGGGGGCCACCUGGUAUCCCGGCGCGCUGCCUGCACGAUCCAAACCGCUUUCCGCCAGUACCAGCUCAGCAAGAACUUCGAAAAGAUCCGUAACUCGCUCCUGGAGAGCCGCCUACCCCGGCGGAUCUCCCUGCGCAAGGUGCGGGCGCCCACUGCCGAAAGCCUGGUGGCCGAGAAGGCUCUUCUGGAGGGCUGCGGGCUGCUAGGGCUGCCGCUGGGACGCUCGCCCUCCCUCCCGCCCACCUUCGCCGGCUCGCUCACUGAGCUGGAGGACUCCUUCACCGAGCAGGUACAGUCCCUGGCCAAGUCCAUCGACGACGCCCUCAGCACCUGGAGCCUCAAGACCAUGUGCUCGCUACAGGAGAGUGGCGCGUACCAGCUCCACCAGGCACUGCACCCAGGUGCAGGGCAACCCAACCUGGAGGCCGAGGUUCAGGAGCCCCAGAGCCGCCCAGGGUCUGCAGAUGAGGCCGGCGGCCUGCCCCAGGGCCACAGCGGCACGCUCAUGAUGGCUUUCCGGGACGUCACGGUACAGAUCGCUAACCAGAAUAUCUCUGUUUCCUCCUCUACGGCUCUGUCGGUGGCCAACUGCCUGGGGGCGCAGACCACCCAGGCCACCGUGGAGCCUGCAUCCAGCCAAGGCGAGUCACCGGAGGCUCCAGGGCAGGAGGCCUCGGAAGCUCCUAACGUAGAGCAGGUGGACCCACCCGGUGAGGACUCAGAGGCAGCAGAGAGCCAGGCCCAGGCUGCCCACAAGCCUGUGGUCGCGGAGGCAGUCGUGGAGGCCUUGGCUGCAGAUGCAGAAGAGGAAGAGGAACAGGCUGGGGAGACAGGGAAAGGGGUGGAGGCCGAGGGGGGCGACAACUCCGAGCAGCUGAGCAGCAGCAGCGCAUCCACCAAAUCAGCCAAGUCUGGCUCAGAGGUUUCUGCCUCUGCCUCCAAGGAGGCCCUGCAGGCAGUGAUCCUCAGCUUGCCCCGCUACCACUGCGAGAACCCAGCCAGCUGCAGGUCGCCCACGCUGUCCACCGACACCCUGCGCAAGCGGCUCUACCGCAUCGGCCUCAACCUCUUCAACAUAAACCCGGACAAGGGCAUCCAGUUCCUGAUCUCGCGCGGCUUCAUCCCCGACACCCCCAUCGGUGUGGCCCACUUUCUCCUCCAACGGAAAGGUCUCAGCCGCCAGAUGAUAGGAGAGUUCCUGGGCAACAGCAAGAGGCAGUUCAACCGCGACGUGCUGGAUUGCGUGGUGGACGAAAUGGACUUUUCCAACAUGGAGCUAGACGAGGCCCUGCGGAAGUUCCAAGCUCACAUCCGUGUGCAGGGAGAGGCCCAGAAGGUAGAGCGGCUCAUAGAGGCCUUCAGCCAGCGCUACUGCAUGUGCAACCCCGAGGUGGUGCAGCAGUUCCACAACCCGGACACUAUCUUCAUCCUGGCCUUUGCCAUCAUCCUUCUCAACACCGACAUGUACAGCCCCAAUAUCAAGCCUGACCGGAAGAUGAUGCUUGAGGACUUUAUCCGAAACCUUCGAGGUGUGGAUGACGGCGCCGACAUCCCCAGAGAACUGGUGGUAGGCAUCUAUGAAAGGAUCCAGCAGAAGGAGCUCAAGUCCAAUGAGGACCACGUCACAUAUGUCACCAAGGUGGAGAAGUCCAUCGUGGGCAUGAAGACCGUGCUGUCCAUGCCACACCGCCGCCUGGUCUGCUGCAGCCGGCUCUUUGAGGUGACUGAUGUAAACAAGUUGCAGAAGCAGGCCGCACACCAGAGAGAAGUGUUCCUCUUCAAUGAUCUGCUGGUGAUUCUCAAGCUGUGCCCAAAGAAGAAGAGUUCCUUCACAUACACCUUCUGCAAGGCAGUCGGCCUGCUAGGCAUGCGGUUCCACCUCUUUGAGAAUGAGUAUUAUUCCCACGGCAUCACGCUGGCAACACCACUCUCCGGCUCUGAGAAGAAGCAGGUACUGCACUUCUGCGCCCUGGGCUCUGAUGAGAUGCAAAAGUUUGUGGAGGACCUGAAGGAGUCCAUUGCUGAGGUGACAGAGCUGGAGCAGAUCCGGAUAGAGUGGGAACUGGAAAAGCAGCAAGGAACAAAGACACUCUCUGUCAGAUCCCCUGGAGCCCAGAUGGACCCGCAGUCAAAGCAAGGAUCUCCUACAGCCAAAAGGGAAGCGAUGGCAGGCGAGAAGGUGGCAGAGAGCUCCGGGGAGGUGUCAAUUCACAACAGGCUUCAAACGUCCCAGCACAGCCCCGGGCUGGGGUGCGAGAGGAAAGCACCACCGCAGCCACCACCACCAUCACCGUUGCUGCCAGACCCACAGCCUAGCCCCCUGAGGGAGCAGCCCCCACCACUGCCACCGCCGCCACCUACACCCCCAGGCACUCUGGUACAGUGCCAACAAAUUGUCAAGGUCAUUGUCCUGGACAAGCCCUGCUUGGCCCGCAUGGAACCCUUGCUGAGCCAGGCACUGUCCUGCUAUGCCUCAUCCUCUUCUGACUCCUGUGGCUCCACACCCUUACGUGGUCCAGGCUCCCCAGUCAAGGUCAUCCACCAGCCUCCACUGCCCCCACCGCCACCCCCAUACAACCACCCUCACCAGUUCUGCCCACCAGGCUCCCUGCUGCUCCGGCGCAGAUACUCCAGUGGCUCAAGGAGCCUGGUGUAAGCCCUGCCCCCAGCAUCCUGCUGUCCUAAUGGGGUGGCCAUCCAGGGGCCGGACUGCCCCUUGCUGCUCCUCGUACCCUGGCAGGAUGCCUCCUUGGCCACUGAUCACUUGUGGAAAGAGAAUUCCCUGGCAUGAGGGUUUGCUUGGCCCAACAACCCUUCACCUAACUCAUUUGAGCAUCUCCCCACAAAUCUAUAGACACCUCCUCACUCUUCCAGGGGUUUCACAUAGCCAGAUGGACCAUGCCUCCUCUGUGCCCACCAUACUCCCCUAAUUGGACUGUGGAUUGAAGAAAACUGAAACCGAGGGGCUGGUGGGCUGAUGGACUUAUAACCUAGGUCUGCUAGUGUCCAUGCCUUGGGCCAGUGGACAAGAACAAGAAACUGGACUGGCCAGCAGCACAGUCCCAAACAGAGGCAGCUUACCCCAGCACAAGGUAUAUCUAUGGCCAAGCUGAGUAGUAGAGACCUAGCCCUGGCUCCCUGGAGGGGCCUAAGGGUAACGGAUAUGAGGAAGUGGACUUUUUCUGCUGCCCUUGCUCCCUAAGCCUGCAGUCAGAGUAGGCUGGUCCUUUAGCUCCCUACAGACAUUGACUUCCCUAACCACGCCCUCUUCCCUGUCACCCCCAGAGCCUUCUGAGUGGCCCAGAUCCAGAAAGCUUCAAGAAAGGAGGGAAGAAGACAGGGUACCUGGUUCUUUUUAGAUUGAGUAGUAGGGUAAUAGGAUCAUGGGAUAGUACCUACAAAGUGCACUUUCAGGAGCAUUUCUUAGUUCUCUAGCUUCAAACGAUUCUCAAUCAAUGCCAAGUGCACACAGGCAGUCAUACAGAAACAUCUGUAAGACCCGGGUAAAUUUCUUCCUUGUGGAAGCAGAAACAAGAGGACAGAGUACUGAUCUGUUCGCAGAGGCACAACUUGGCCCAGAGUCAGAGCCCGAGCCCCCUCCUACAUGAUUCUGUGACCUCUGGGAGGGGCUUGAGUAGAGAGACGGGGUGGAGAAGUGGAGUUCUAGAGUCACUGUGUCGCCCCUGUUACCCCAGCCUUCAAAUAGUCUCCCUCCUGAAAAGUUAGAGCCAGUGUCGCUCACCAGCCUCCCAGAUGGCUCCAGAGAGCCCCCAGAGAGAUGAGACAGCUCACAAAGACUACAGGGGUGAUGUGGUGGCCUGUCCAUUCAUGGCCCUUUCAGGAAAAGUCUAUCACAAGCCAUAAGCCAGGCCAGCCUCCUCUAUUCUGUGGCAACAGUUAUUUCUGUUCUUCCUCAAGAUCCCUCCCAGUCAGAGCCUGUUUUUAAAACAUCCCAAGAAAUGAGAGACAAGUGAAUACUGCUAGGUCUGAAGUGAAUUGGCUUCUCCCAGUCCCUGCUGCACAGCCCAAGAUGCAGCGCCCUGGACCAGAUAGGUAACAUGAAUGAUCCCAGAUCACACAGUUGCCAAAUGACCUCAUUCCUUGUGAGUGUGUAUGUGUGUGUGUGUGUGUGUGUGUGUGUGUGUGUGUGUGUAUACAUGUGUGUGAGAGUCAGUGUGUCUGUAUUCACUCAGAGGUCAUGAGAGGAUAUGAUGUCACCCAUCAUGAGUUUCUUUCUGGCACUAUCUGUAACUUUCAACCAAAUGUGCCAUCUUCCCAGAGGCAUUCAACCUAUCUGAUCUUUUCUGAAUUGGCUGCCUUGGGUCUUUUCUGGAACAGGAGUAUUCCAGUCAGAGCCUGUCAAAAUGAAACAGUUGACAGAUAGGGUGCAUGACUCAGACACCUCACCCAUCUGGGUCAGGGCAGAAAGGGGUGGGGCCUCAGGAAGACAGGAAGCUUCCAAUGGGAGUGGAUGAAUGAGGGGGCUGAAAAUAGAGGGAAAAUUAGGACUAGGAUGUGAUAUAUGAAGGGGAAUGGGUUAUGAAUGUAGCUAAAUGUAUUUAUAGAAUCAGGGCCAUGGUGUCAAGGGCUGGUGAAGAGGGACAGCCCUGGAAUAACCCAGUUCCCACUAUCAGGCCUUGUCCCACAUCAGGCUUCAAGCCAACAGUGCCCUCUGUCCCUCAAACCUCAACUGAAGCCCAACUUUCCAGAUGAGCCCCAACUCCAGCAGAGGUUUUGGGGCUAGACUACAUGUUCAGGCUCUGAGGACCUGGACUCUCAGGCCCCAUGCACCCUUUUCCCUGGGGAGAGGCUAACCCAGAUUUACUGCAGUGACUGACCUAGACUCUGCUGGUUACAGCAGAGUUGUACACAGGAACCAAACCUCCCUGAGGUCACAGCAUAGAGUAGUUCUGAGCUGUUGGGGUUUUGAACUGCGAUGGCCUAGGGCAAGAAGCAAAUGGCCCAUCUCACUGGUCAGGGGAAGUUAAAGCCCCAAGCGUCCGUCACCUCUCUCCCCUGAUCAGCCAGAAGGCUUAUGGUGGGACCCAUCUGUGUUCCUGUCCCCAGACACUUGGGAGAGGCCUCAUGCCCCUCCCCUUAUCCCUCUGGCCCCAACUCCAGAAUCAAGUGGGAGAUGGAGCCAGCUGUCCUACCUGCUUUUGGCCAGUCCCACCUACAGUUCUCAAGCAGGUCCUGUCUUGGCAGCCUGUCCUGGAAGCCAGCCUGUCUUUCUGUCUGCGAAGAGGUCUUGCUCCCACAAAUACGUAUCGGCCCUGGACCUCUGAUCCCUGACUCCACCUGUCCAGAGCCUGCCAGGAUGUCUCUGGUGCCCAGUGGGAGUCCCUGAUAUCGUGUGUCUGUCUGUCUCUGCGCCAGCUGCACAUCCUCCAGUGGUACCUCCCCUCCCUCCACGCACCUGUCACCUGCUGGAGGAGCAGCUCUCUGGGGACAGGCAGGGUCACUGCACUCAGCAACUAAUCCAAAUGGCAAAUAUUUUGUAACAAAAUAGCCCAGAGGUAUUUUAUCUGUUCAAUUCAUAGAGUUUUAGAGAUUCUAUCGAAAUGUGUCACU